UCAACUUGAAAACGUAUAAAUUAACUGAGCCAUGUCCAGAUAUUUCGAAAUAUACUUAUUCAGCGUAGCCUUUGAACAAAGCCACGCAUACUUGCGACUCAGGGAUUCGAAAACAUUAGAGUCUGUUUAUAUACCGAAAACCAACUGCACUUUUGAUAUGGACGAUACCUCCGUACCGGGUCUGCCACUUGAAAUCGGCUUCUGCGGCUUGACCUUGGUAGAGUUCAUACAGGUUGCCUGGAAUCAAACGUUGUGAAUCUAGUGAUGAGUUCGUGAAUUAAUAUACCUAGCAAAUUGGACGCGGAUGGGCCAGCGGUGUCUGUAACAGAAACACGCGUGUAACGACGAUAGAGCCCAUAAAGGAGGACAAAUCGGUGAGCGAAAUUACAGAGGAAGAUUGGUCCAUGUCAUUGAAGAUACUUAGACGUGAAUUAUGAUACCUCACACCACCCUGGCCGUAUGUGUCAGAAAUCGAGUUCUGGAGAAGUUAAAUUUAAGAAGCCGUUUCUUGGAGAUGAGUACGUAGGCUUUGCGUCAUC